AUGUAUCGUAUUUUCCUUGUCUUUCUUUUCUGUUCUCCUCAUUCAUCUCUACGAACUAAUCUUGAAUGUUCACCAGGACAAUUUCCGAAUCAAUAUGAUGAAUGUCAAAAAUGUUCAAAAAAUCAUUAUUGUCCAGAUGGGUUACGUGAAUUAGAAUGUGAACCUGGCACGUAUAAUAAUAUGUAUGGUCAACGAGCCUGUCGUAAAUGUCGUUCUGGUGACUAUCAAAUCUAUUCAGCUUCAUCAGGAUGUGAUCGUGCCCAACGUGGUUUCUACUCGACAGAUGCCUCUACUGAGCCCAUUCCCUGUCCACCAGGAACCUAUACACAUCUGCCAGGACAAUUUGUUUGUCUCCCAUGUCUUCAGGGUUACUAUCAAGUCCACGAUGGGCAGAGUGGAUGUGACCGUUGCCCUCGUGGCCAUAGCUGUGAAAACGCAACAGCUGAACCCACGGAAUGCUUACCAGGAACCUACAAUCCACUCUUCAACCAAGUAAAAUGUCGUCCUUGUACACGUGGUUAUUACAAUUUGGAUAGUGGAUCGUCAGCGUGCCUAAGAUGUCCAAAAGGCCACCGAUGUCCCGAUACAACACAGGCACCCAUACCGUGUUCUCCAGGUUACUACAACAAUUUGUACCAGCAGACCGAAUGUAGACCGUGCAAGAAAGGAUGGAUUACAGUUAAAGAAGGUGAACAUAAAUGUACGAAUGAAACACAAUUGCUUGAGUCUUUAAUUGGAUGA